UCUCCCGGCAUGCCUUUCUGUAGGCCGAGAAGAAGCAGGAGAAGCGUCAUGAAGGAGUUAUAAAGAGCUUUUUAUUCAUCUAUUAAAUCAGCUUCUUCCAUGUUUCCUCAGAGAGAGUCUGUGGAGGAUCGAUAGAGACACAGAGAGAGUAUCUGCAGGCUGAGGUACAGAGAGUCACCAUGGCGACGGACAUCGGUUCCCCGCAGCGCUUCUUCCACAUGCCGCGCUUCCAGCACCAGGCUCCGCGGCAGGUGUUCUACAAGAGGCCGGACUUCGCCCAGCAGCAGGCGAUGCAGCAGCUCACCUUCGACGGGAAGCGCAUGAGGAAGGCUGUGAACCGCAAGACCAUCGACUACAACCCCUCUGUCAUCAGACACCUGGAGAACCGUCUGUGGCAGCGCGACCACAGAGACUUCAGGGCGCUGCAGCCGGACGCUGGCUGUUACAACGAGCUGGUUCCUCCUGUGGGGAUGGUGAACAACUCGAUGAACGCCGUCACCACCAAGUUUGUCCGAACCUCUACCAACAAAGUGAAGUGUCCCGUGUUUGUGAUCAGGUGGACCCCUGAGGGCCGCCGGCUCGUCACCGGAGCCUCCAGCGGGGAGUUCACCCUGUGGAACGGACUCACCUUCAACUUCGAGACCAUCCUCCAG